AUGGAUGUUCAUAACGAACGGGGCUCCCCAAAACAAGCGCCAAACAACACGGAAAUGCUGUUUGCUUUGCUAGCGCAGAACGAGGAUCUCCGUAAAGAGAUCCCUGUUUGUGCGGGAUGCAACCAGCACAUCGUGGACCGCUUCAUCCUCAAGGUGUUGGACCGCCAUUGGCACAGCAAGUGCUUGAAGUGCAGCGACUGCCAAUCCCAGCUGGCGGAUAAGUGCUUCAGCAGAGGCGACAGCGUCUACUGCAAGGAAGACUUCUUUAAGAGAUUUGGGACUAAAUGCGCCGCCUGCCAACAAGGUAUUCCACCGACCCAAGUCGUCCGGAGAGCGCAGGACUUCGUGUAUCACCUACACUGUUUCGCAUGCAUCGUGUGCAAGAGGCAGCUGGCCACCGGCGACGAGUAUUACCUCAUGGAGGACAGCAGGCUCGUGUGCAAGGCGGACUACGAGACCGCUAAACAGCGAGAGGCAGACUCCACGGCGAAAAGACCACGGACCACGAUCACUGCCAAACAGCUGGAGACCCUGAAAAACGCUUACAACAACUCCCCGAAACCUGCGCGUCACGUCAGGGAGCAGCUGUCGUCGGAAACCGGCUUGGACAUGAGGGUAGUUCAGGUGUGGUUCCAGAACCGGCGCGCAAAGGAGAAGAGGCUGAAGAAGGACGCGGGCCGGCAGAGGUGGGGGCAGUACUUCCGCAAUAUGAAGAGGUCGCGGGGCAGUUCCAAAUCCGAUAAGGACAGUAUCAAAGAGGAGGGGAUGGACAGCGACGCAGAAGUCUCCUUCACAGACGAGCCACCCAUGUCUGACCUUGGCCACUCCAACGGGAUGUAUGGGGGUCUGAGUGAAACGUCUCCGGCGAUGGGGCGACAGGGGGGCGGCCACGGCCCCUUCCCCCUGGAGCACGGGGUGAUCCCGUCACAGGACCAGUACCACGAUAUCCGGUCAAGCAGCCCCUACGGCCUGCCCCAGUCCCCCGGCCCCCUGCAGGCCCUGCCCGGGCACCAGCCCAUCAUCUCUGGCCUGGUGUACCCCGACUCGGGCCUGUCCAUCAUGCCCCAGGGAGGGGCACCGGGCAUGGCCCAGGGCAUGCGGGGGAUGGGGGGCGGAAAUGGGCCCAGCUCAGAUCUGUCCACGGGCAGCAGCGGGGGCUACCCGGACUUUCCCGCCAGUCCCGCCUCCUGGCUCGACGAGGUGGACCACACCCAGUUUUGA